AUGGCAAAGGUAAACGAUUCCAUCAUGCCUGAUACGCCGAAGCGGUUGGCCACGAACUCACCUGACUCCACCACGCAUGAGCAGUUGGCGACUACUGCUCCGCCUACGAAGCGCGUACAAUAUACCAAAAACUGGAAUGAUUUACCUGGCGAACUGCGCAACCAAGUCUACGCUCAUCUAUUACCCAACGUACCAGAGGUCCAUGCCGCGCUAGACCAGACACGCUUCCCUUGGAUCCGCUAUUACUGCCUAAACCCUACUGCAGCACCUUGUUUUGUCUCAGCCCAGAUGCGGAGAGAGUACAUGAGCGAGCUACGAGCCCAUCUCUUGCAGUAUCUGGAGCGUCACCCGUUUACCGUCCGCACCAGGCCAACUGGUCGCCUAUAUCCACAAGGGAUUCCAAACAGCAACCAACACCGCCUAUGUACGCCAGAAGACGGACGGUCUCCAUACCACCGCGAUAGUAUCUGCUAUGCGUCUACUAUGUUUGGAUUAUUGCUCAUGGCAGCGCUAGACGCACUCUCCGUCCCUAAGUCAGAAACUCACUUCUGCGGCAUUGGCAUUGAACGAGUUGACCAAAUUGCGAAAGAGGUAGCAGCCCGAGCUAGAUACACUACAGGCAUCUGCAUGGAGGGGAGAGACGGGUUAUCCGCGCAUAUGGUCAGACGAUUCAUGUACGACGUACUACCAAUGCUUUCCGUCGUCCGUAGCGUAGUGGUUCAAUUGAGACUCUAUGACAUAGCUAACACGCCCUUGCCGUGGCUAUACGGCAUUAUUCGAGACCUUCGGUACAUUGCUGAAAACAGAUUCCUUGCGGUUACUGUACUAGGGCUUGUCAGCGAAGGAGAAGAAGAUCGAUGGGCUAGGGCUAUUGGUCCUCUUGGUGGACAGAUUAUCACGUGGAAAUUCGAUUCUGGCUGCGUUCGCUUGGCCGAAGGGUUGGGAUACCGAUAG